AACAAAACAACAUUCGUCAACGAAGUUUUGAAGUAAACGGACGUGUUUUUUUAUUUCUGUGGAGACGAGAUCGCGGUUCGAUUCUUUGUGACUUGGAAUCUUCUGUAGAAUACUUAAACAACAAUAUUAAUGAUUAUUGUGUGAAAAUAAUUACAAAAUAUAUUGUUUGAAUGGAGAAGAAAUAAAAACAACAAGGAAAAUUAAACAAGUGAAUCUUUAAAAUAUUUGUCCAAACCUGAGCGUCGUUUUUUGAUUACGUUGUGAUAAUAUCCGAGUUCGGUUUCCAAUUACUUUGCGUGUUCUCUGGGAUUUUUCGGGUUGUCGUUGUUUACAAAUCGUUGGUCGCUGUGUUCGUUCGUCGGUCGUUCUUGUGUUGCGAGUGCAAAAUAAAGAAAAGUGCAAAAAACGAAGAUAAAUAAAAACAAACAAACCAAUCAUUCAACCCCAUAAUUUUAUUGUCCUUUGUCAAACGGGGAAGAAUUGUCAAAAGCAAAUCAAAAAUAAAUGAAACAUUUGUUUUCAAUAAUUAAAAAAUUUAAUUGGAAUAAAUUGUGAGAGAACGAAAACAAAUUGAAAAUUGAGAGUUAAUGAGACAGCAGCAAAACUCCCAUCGAACAGGUUGAUGCAAAUGCAAACAAGCCAUGAAUAUGAUAAUCAACAGGUGUAAAGCAAAAACAAAUUCAGUGCAAUAGAAAACAAAACAAACAACAAUAACAUUACCGAGAAGCCUCAUUGUAAUAAUCAAAGGAGAAGAAAUAAAGAAACCAAGACUGGUUCAAAAAGAGAUAAAAAAAUAAAAAGGGAAUCCAAACCGGUCGAUUGUUCGUUCGUUUGGUCAUUACAUGGAACGUGAAGACCCAUACCCGUCUGAGAGUUGCAUGCCUGAAUAUGCAUGAAUGCAGGAGAAAAUAAUGAAUGCACUACACAACCUUACCACCAUAACCUGGGGACAAUCGAGGAACAUUAUCGAGUCUCUAUAAGCGAGGUAGCUGUACUGAAACAUUCAAAAUGAAUCUUAGAAUUUUACAACAGCAAAUAAUAUUAACAAUGUCAGAUUUUACAACAAUGCAACAAUAUGCACAACAACAACAGCAGUAAUAUUUGUCAUUAUUUGACAACUUUGUUCAAUGGCAAAUAAUUUCAUUGAGAAAAAGUAAAAAACAAAAACUUAGCUUCCUUCCUCCCCCUCGCAAGGGACACUUUUAGGCUGCCUUUGAACGUUUAAUUUUUUUCGGAAUAAUUACAACAGUUGUCCCAACUUGUUGCGUUACGCUACAUUGAUUUGUGAUUUUUUCGCCAAACAAACAAUUGUUGUUGCGGAUUUUUUCGUGUCGAUUUUUUUCGUUUUUUUUACAAACUUGUGUUAUGCUUCAGUGAUUAUUGCCAAGAAAGCUAUAAAUUUAGAUAACAACAACAAAAAAAAAAAACAAGCUACAAAUACAUUUUUCCAACCUACCAUUAUUAUCGGCGAUAAACAACAAUAAAAUAAGAUAAAAUAAAAUAAUAGAGAAGAAGAAGAGUCUAACGACAAUAAUUUGACAGCGAUUUAAUUAAAUAUUGAUUACUGCUAUCAGUAACAACAACAAACCAACAACAACAACAGCAUAAUCAUCAUGGCCAUCAGAAUCAAGAAUUUGGAAUAUAUUUUGAGUGCAGUUCUACUGCUCGUCGUGUUCUUGGAUUUAACCACAGCCGGCACCCCUGGAUAUGUGGAUCAUGGCGAUACAAAAGUUUGUAUUGGUACCAAAUCCCGUUUAUCGGUGCCAUCGAAUCGUGAACAUCAUUAUCGCAAUCUAAGGGAUCGUUACAAUAAUUGCACCUAUGUGGAUGGCAAUUUGGAGCUGACCUGGCUGCAGGAUGCAAAUUUGGAUUUGAGUUUUUUGGAAAAUAUACGAGAAGUCACCGGCUAUAUUUUGAUCAGUCAUGUCGAUAUACGUCAAGUUGUGUUUCCAAGACUACAAAUUAUACGCGGCCGCACCCUCUUCAAUCUCAAUGUCCAGGACGAACAGUUUGCCUUGUUUGUGACCUAUUCGAAAACGUUUUCCCUGGAAAUGCCUGCCCUGCGUGAUAUCCUACAGGGUUCGGUGGGUUUCUUCAACAAUUUCAAUUUGUGCCACAUCAAGACUCUGGAUUGGAAUGAAAUCAUCUCGGGUCCCCCGGAUAAGUACAAGUACCAUUAUGUCUACAAUUUCACCGUGCCCGAGAGACAAUGCCCCAAAUGCCAUGAGUCCUGUGAGGGAGGCUGUUGGGGUGAGGGACCAAAUAAUUGUCAGAAAUUUAGCAAAAUCAACUGUUCGCCCCAGUGUGCCCAGGGUAGAUGUUUUGGCCCCCGGCCACGUGAAUGUUGCCAUCUCUUUUGUGCCGGCGGUUGUACUGGACCCACCCAAAGGGAAUGCAUUGCCUGCAAGAAUUUCUACGAUGAUGGUGUCUGCAAAGAAGAAUGUCCGCCCAUGCAAAAAUACAAUCCCACCAAUUAUCUGUGGGAGGCCAAUCCGGAGGGUAAAUAUGCCUAUGGUGCCACCUGUGUCAAGGAAUGUCCCGAACAUCUGCUCAAGGAUAAUGGAGCCUGUGUACGUAGCUGCCCUGCCUUUAAAAUGGCCAAGGAUGGAGAAUGUAUACCCUGUAAUGGCCCGUGUCCCAAAACAUGUCCUGGUCGUGCUGUUCUACAUUCUGGGAACAUUGAUUCCUACAAAGGUUGCACCGUCAUUGAGGGCUCCAUAAGGGUGUUGGAUCAAACCUUCUCCGGAUAUCAGGAUAUUUACAAAAACUAUUCGCUGGGUCCCCGCUACAUUGCCAUGCACCCGGAUCGCAUGGAGGUAUUUUCCACAGUCAAAGAAAUCACGGGCUAUUUGGACAUUGAGGGUGUCCAUCCGGAUUUUAAAAAUCUCUCCUAUUUCCGUAAUCUGGAAGUGAUUCAUGGGCGUCAGCUAAUGGAAAGCUAUUUUGCCUCGCUGUCCAUUGUCAAGUCUUCGCUGCAAAGUUUGGAACUGAAAUCGUUGAAGAGAAUCAAUGCCGGUUCCGUGGUCAUACAGCACAACGAUAAGAUUUGUUAUGUCAACGACAUAGAUUGGAGUAAGCUGCAGAAGUCCGGGGAACAUGGAUUUGUGGUGGAAAUGAAUCGCAACAAAGAAGAUUGCAAAAAAAAUGGUUUGGUUUGUUCGGAUCAAUGCAACAGCUCGGGUUGCUGGGGUUCCGGGCCGGAUCAAUGUCUGGAGUGCAAGAAUUUCGAAUUUAAUGGCACCUGCAUAGCCGAUUGUCGUAACAUUACAAACGCUUAUCAAUUCGAUGCCAAGACCUGUAAACAAUGCCAUCCUGAGUGUCGCACCUGUUCGGGGCCAGAUGCCGAACACUGUGACGAAUGUGUCCAUGUGCGUGAUGAGAAUCGCUGCGUUACCGUCUGUCCCGAGAACAAAUUCUCCGACUAUGGUGUCUGUCGCACCUGCCAUGCCACCUGUGAAGGCUGCACUGGACCCAAUAACACCAUUGGUCCGGGAGGCUGUAAGACUUGCAACCUGGCCAUUAUCAAUUCGGAUGGCGACAUAGAACGUUGUUUGCUGAAAAAUGAUAAAUGCCCGGACGGCUACUACUGGGAGUAUGUCAAUCCUCGGGAGCAGGGAAAACUGAGACCCUUGGCUGGCAAGGCCAUUUGUCGUAAAUGUCAUCCACGCUGUGAACUGUGCAGCGGCUAUGGCUUCCAUGAACAGGUGUGUCAGAAGUGUGCGGGCUACAAACGUGGUGAGCAAUGCGAUGAUGAGUGUCCCACCGAUCACUAUGCCGACGAAGUGAAUCGUGAAUGUUUCAUGUGCCACCCGGAGUGUAAGGGCUGUAUUGGACCUGGAGCAGAUGAGUGUUUGGCUUGUCGCAGCUUCAAAAUCUUUGGUGAUGGUGAUCCCUACGAUAAUUCGACUGUCUUUAAUUGUACCUCCAAAUGUCCUCCAGAAUUGUCUCAUGUCAUCUAUCAGGCACCCCACUUGGGUACCUAUUGCUCUUCGGUGCCCAUGAAGGGUUCAAAGCUGGUGGCGGCUGUGGAUAAUUAUAUAUUCCUGGUCAUAGCUGUGGUGGCCUUGGUUGUUGUGCUCGGCACUCUCAGUGUUGUGACCUAUGUUUGCCGCCAAAAGACCAAAGCAAAGACCGAGGCUGUAAAAAUGACGAUGGUUUUGUCAGGUUGCGAAGACUCAGAGCCUUUGAGGCCCUCAAAUAUUGGAGCAAAUCUCUCGAAACUGCGCAUUGUCAAAGAGGCUGAGUUGAGGAAAGGUGGUGUCUUGGGUAUGGGUGCAUUUGGUCGAGUCUUCAAGGGUGUGUGGGUACCCGAGGGAGAAAAUGUGAAAAUUCCAGUUGCCAUUAAGGAGCUGCUGAAAUCCUCGGGAGCCGAAUCAAGUGAGGAGUUUUUGCGUGAAGCCUAUAUAAUGGCAUCGGUGGAACAUCCCAAUCUGUUGAAAUUGUUGGCCGUCUGCUUGACCUCCCAAAUGAUGUUGAUUACCCAAUUGAUGCCCUUGGGUUGCCUUUUGGAUUAUGUGCGCAAUAAUCGUGAUAAGAUCGGUUCCAAGGCCCUACUCAACUGGUCCACACAAAUUGCCAAGGGUAUGUCGUACUUGGAAGAGAAACGUUUGGUUCAUCGUGAUUUGGCGGCCCGUAAUGUCCUCGUACAGACUCCAUCUUGUGUGAAAAUUACCGAUUUUGGCUUGGCCAAGCUGCUGAACAACGACUCCAACGAGUAUAAGGCAGCUGGAGGUAAAAUGCCCAUCAAAUGGUUGGCCCUGGAGUGCAUACGCCAUCGUGUCUUUACCAGCAAAUCGGAUGUUUGGGCCUUUGGUGUGACCAUUUGGGAAUUGCUGACAUUUGGCCAGAGACCCCAUGAGAAUAUACCAGCCAAAGAUAUUCCCGAUCUCAUUGAAGUUGGUUUGAAAUUGGAACAACCCGAAAUCUGUUCCUUGGAUAUUUAUUGCACCCUGCUGUCCUGCUGGCAUUUGGAUGCUGAGAUGAGACCCUCGUUUAAACAAUUGGUCAAUGUAUUUGCCGAAUUUGCCCGUGAUCCUGGCCGUUACUUGGCCAUACCUGGUGACAAGUUUACCCGCCUGCCGGCCUAUACCAGCCAAGAUGAGAAGGACUUGAUACGCAAACUGGCCCCCAGUUUUGAGGGCAGUGAAGGAAUGGCGGAGCCAGAUGACUAUUUGCAACCCAAGGCCGCCCCUGGUAAUCACAACCAGGAAGGUUCGGAAGAUGUACCCAAGCUAAAUAGAUACUGCAAAGAUCCCAUGAACAAGAACUCCUCGAAUGAAAGUGAUGAGACGGAUUCGAAUGCCAGGGAGGUGGGAGUGGGAGAUUUGCGUUUGGAAUUGCCGGUUGAUGAAGACGAUUAUCUAAUGCCAACGUGUCAGAUUAGCUCACAAACCACUCUCAACAACAACAAUGUAACCACCAGCAAUGCCAUGUCGGGAGCGCCUGGAGGCUACAUGGAUCUCAUUGGAGUGCCGGCGAGUGUUGACAAUCCGGAAUAUUUGCUCAACACAUCGGCCAAUUUGAAUGGCCAGGAGGCACCCAUACCCACACAAACUCUCGGCAUACCAGUCAUGGUGACGAGACCGCCCAAUCCGGGACCAACAAUGUUGGAUAUCCCAGUAACGCCCUCCGAACCCACCAGUUCCGAUCACGAAUACUACAACGACACACAAAGAGAGCUACAGCCUUUGCAUAGAAACGAAACAAGGGUGUGAUAGGAUGUGUAAAUGGGGCUCUCGGAUCAAGAACCACCACCACCCCAACCACUGCCCUUGAGUUAGCGACAAAUUCUUGCCCUAGGGUUUUUACAAAACCAGAUACAAAAAAAAAAAAAAGAAAAACAAAAUCGAUUAAGUGCCUUAAACAAAUUGUCUUUCCAAAACGAAGCAAAGCAAUCUUCCUAAAAAGAAAACAGUGUAAAUAGAACAAAUUGUUGUUGUUAAACGGGAAAUAGGCCAAGGGAAGCCGAUGCCACUCCGACGACUGCAUGGAACAUUUAACAAUUGAAUUCAAACCUUAGACGUGCCUCCAUUUAUAUAUAUUUAAAAAAUAAUUAUUUAGAUUUAAGUUAGCCGCUAAGUAAAUAUUUAUUUAUGUAAAAGAAAGUAAUUUGUAAAUUCUAGGAGAAAGCCAACCAUAACUACACCCUACACCCAGAAAUAGUUAACACUAAGUACUUAUGUAACCCAUCCAAGAAAAGCAAAAUUUCGAAAAUUCUACGAUCAAAAAAACAACUUCCAAACGAAAACCAAAAGGUCUCACAUCACCCAGAUGUGGUACUUUGUGUAGGUCUUUCCUCCCCCUACCUCUCCCCCUCCCCUUCACCCCUUUGCCUUUCUAAAGUACUUUCUUUAGUUUCUAAGCUCUAGUUGUUAAAAUCGAACUGUGAUAACCAUUAGCAAAUAAGACACUCACUUUAAUAUUCAUUAUGACAAACAAACAAACAAACCAACAAAAACAAAAAGAAAGAAAAACAACAAAAA